UGGCUGGUGGAAAGAACUUAUUCCGGAUUUUCAUGCUUCAAAUAAUAGUCCUAUCACUGUUUUGAAACAAUCCUGGGCAUUAAGGGGCCUAAACACAAAAGACCUUGUUGUUCUCUCAGGAGGGCACACCAUAGGGAUAUCUCAUUGUUCGUCAUUUGAUAGCCGGCUCUACAACUUUACCGGUAAAGGUGAUACAGACCCCACCAUGGACCCUAACUACAUUGCAAGAUUGAAGUUAAAGUGCAAGCCAAACGAUCUAACCACCUUUGCUGAGUUAGACCCAGGAAGCUUCAAGACAUUCGAUGACUCCUAUUUCAAAUUAGUGACAAAGAGGAGGGGACUUCUUCAAUCAGAUGCAGCCUUACUCGAUGACCCUGAGACUAGAGCUUACGUGAUUCAAGCUACUAGCGAGGGUUCCACAUUCUUCAAGGACUUUGGUGUGUCUAUGGUUAACAUGGGCAGGAUUGGGGUCCUUACAGCUUCUCAAGGUGAAGUUCGGAAAGUGUGCACCAAACGUAACUAAUCGUGAUUUUAUACUAAACCAAAAUAAUACCUAAAAAUAUCUUGGCCGAUAUAUGUUUGCAUGUUGAUUUAAUCUCAUGCGUAAGAUUGAUUAGUGAAUAACAGACAUCCAUCAAAGGGUACCGUGCUACGAGUUUGAUCCCGUACACGUGAUUUUCCGGGUAUGCCAUUAUAUAUAUAGUCAAGAGUUUACUUCGUCACCUUUCUUGUGACUAUGUAUUCAAUUAAAAUUUUCAAAGUUUUUUCCAUUAUUUGAGUUUUUUUUAAUGAAAGACACCAUCAAAGAGUUUAUUACCCUGACGUCUGUAUUUUGUUCUUGCUCAUGGAGGGGUUAGCAGAAAUAUUUAAUAGAUAGAUAUACUUGAUAACUAGAUUAUGACCCGCGUUAAACGCGGGAAAACGUAUA